CAGUAGCCUACUCCUUCCUCGUCCUCCUCUUCAUGCCCGACUCCCCCAUGGAAGCAAAAUGUCUCAACGAACACGAAAAAUUCAUCGCCGUUGAACGUCUCCGCGCGAACCAAAUGGGGAUUAUAUCGAGGGAAUGGAGAUGGGAUCAUGUGCGGGAGACGGCGUAUGACGGGAAGACGUGGUGUUGGUUUUUUCUGAUUGUCUCCAUAUCGUAUGUCGUGCCCUGGAUUCUUGAUGUCUAAUGCUGAUGAAUUUAGAAUUCCGAGUGGGGGAAUCAGCACGUUCGGGAAUCUUAUAAUUAAAUCUUUUGGGUAUAAUGCUUUUGAAACUAUCCUGUUUAACAUUCCCUUUGGUGUUAUCCAGGUUAUCUCGAUCAUUGGAGGCGGGUGGCUGGCUACUCACUUCCGGCGGAAGGGACUGGUGAUUGUGCUGUUUGCUGUUAUAGCAGCAGUCGGAACAUUGCUUAUGAUUGUUGUUCCGAGGGAGAAUAAGGGCGUUCUUCUUUUUGGGUACUAUCUGAUAUCUUGUCUCGCGGCGAUAACACCACUAGUCUACGCCUGGGAAGCACAG